AUGAUUCGUGAGGAUGUUGGAGAUGAACGCUUUUGUAUUCUUGUGGAUGAAGUAAAAGAUGAAUCUAAUCGAGAGCAAUUGGCCAUUAUUUUGAGGUUUGUGAAUAGUUGUGGUAUAUUGACAGAAUGUUUUUUUGCAAUCAAAAGCGUUAGUAACAUCACGUCCUUAAACCUAAAAAAUGAGAUUUCUGAUAUUCUUGCUCGACACGACCUUCAACUUAGCAAAAUGAGAGGUCAAGGAUAUGAUGGUGCUAAUAAUAUGCGUGGUACUUGGAAUGGACUUCAAGCUUUAUUUCUUAGAGAUUAUCCAUUUGCAUAUUAUGUUCAUUGCUUUGCACACAGGUUACAACUGGCAUUGAUUUCUGCAGCUAAGGAUGUGAGUGUUAUUUGGGAAUUCUUUUCUCAUUUGGAUAAUGUUAUCAAUAUUAUUAAUUCUUCUUCUCAGUGCAUUAGUGAGUUGCAAAAUGCUCAAAGAAAAGAAAUUGAGCAUAUGUUGAGUAUUGGAGAGCGCAUGUAUUCUGCAACUUGCAAUGUGCUUGAAUAUCUUAAAGUUCAUUGUUCAAAAGCAAGUUCUCGAGCUGAAGUCCGUGGCGCUUAUAGACACUUUGCAUGUUUUGAAUUUGUGUUCAAUUUGCUUUUAAUGCACAAAAUUAUGAGAAUAACUGAUGUUCUUUGUCAAGCUCUUCAAAAAAAAUCACUAAACAUUUUGGCUGUUAUGAGAUUUGUUUCUACUGCGAAACUUAUUCUUCAAGAAUUGAGAGAAGAAGGUUGGGAAGUGUUUCUUCAAGAAGUAAAAGAUUUUUGUUCAAGACACAACAUUGACAUACUGGAUCUAGAUUCUUCAUAUAUGAUUGGUCGUUGUAGGGAUGAGACUACAGUUGAGCACCAUUAUCAUUUUGAUGUUUUCAAUGAAGCAAUUGAUUUUGUAUUGAUGGAGUUAAGUACACGUUUUAAUGAUAAAUCAGUAGAACUCUUUUCUCUCAGUGUGGCUUUGGAUCCCAGAAAUUCAUUUGAAUCAUUCAAUAGUGAUGAUAUUUGUACGCUUGCAAAGAAGUUCUAUCCUAAAGAUUUUAGCAGUCAAGAUAUUUGUGCUUUAGAAUAUGAGUUGAAGUAUUAUGUUCAUGAAGUGAUUGCUGACCAAAGAUUUCAAGUAUCUACACUUGUUGAAUUGUGCCAGGAGUUGACCAACAGUGGAAAGUCAGAUACAUACAUUAUGAUAACUAGAUUGAUUCGUCUUGUAUUGACAUUACCCGUUUCUACUGCAACUACUGAACGAGCAUUUUCAGCAAUGAAACUUUUGAAGACAACACUUCGUAACAAAAUGGAGGACGACUUCCUUGCUGAUUGUAUGACUCUCUACAUUGAAAGAGAACUUGCUCUUACAAUAGAUGUAAAUUCUGUUGUAGAUGAAUUUUUUGUUUCAAAACCUCGUCAAGUUCAAGUUUAA